AUGCCUUUCCAAGAUGGCGACGCCCCCCGAUUGCGGGAAAACUCCUUUUCUCCACCAAGCUCUCCAGCCCCCUUGCAGGAGGAUGGCCUGAUCACCACAGUGACCACGAGUGCAAUGAUAGCGGAGUUUGCUGCAUCCCUGCAAUCCACAAUUACAGGUCAAAUGCAAACUAUGGCCAUCAACACCCGCAAGGAAAUCAAAGAGAUCGGUCAAAGGACCUCCCAUUUGGAACAAAAACUGGCUGACUUUGCCACUGCACACAAUGGCUUAGCUAACAAACUCCAGACACUGGAAGAGGUGAUUGAAUUCCAGAGGCUAAAAAGAACUGGAGGAUAG